CCUGCCCCAGGUACUACGCGGCAGUGGAGGCCAAGAAGGAGCAGAGCAGCAAACACGCUCAGAGCUUCGGGGCGCGGCAGCCCACCAUGGGGGGCUCCAACCCGGGGCAGGAGCGAGGGGUCUGGCUGUCCCUCCUGGAGACGCUGCGGGAGCGGGAGCUGCUGCCCGCGGUGACGUUCACCUUCUCGCGGGGCCGCUGCGAGGACCAGGCGGCCGCCCUGGGCUCCCUCGACCUGCUGAGCGGGGCCGAGCGCGGCAGCGUCCGCCAGUUCCUGACGCGCUGCCUGGCCCGGCUGCGCGGCUCCGACCGCCGCCUGCCUCAGGUGUUGCAGCUGUCGGAGCUGCUGCAGCGCGGGAUCGGGGUGCACCACGGCGGGGUCCUACCCCUGCUCAAGGAGGUCGUGGAGAUGCUCUUCAGCCAGGGGCUGGUCAAGGUGCUGUUUGCCACCGAGACGUUCGCCAUGGGGGUGAACAUGCCGGCGCGAACCGUCGUCUUCGAUUCCAUCCGCAAACACGACGGGAACAACUUCCGUGAUCUCCUGCCCGGCGAGUACACGCAGAUGUCGGGGCGCGCGGGGCGCCGGGGGCUGGACGCCACAGGCACCGUCAUCAUCCUCUGCAAGGGGCCCGUGCCCGACCUGCCCGACCUGCACCGCAUGAUGCUGGGCCGGCCGUCCCCGCUGCAGUCGCGGUUCCGCCUGACGUACCCCAUGAUCCUGCUGCUGCUCCGCGCCCCCGCCCUGCGCCCACACGACCUGAUGCGCCGCAGCUUCGCCGAGUUCCCCCUGCGCCGCGACGCCACG